UGUGUUUCAGAAUGGCAUUGAAAUCACUCUUGAACACCAAAUCCCCCAACCAGUAUUUCCACCCACCACCCUUGAAGAUCUUAGUUCUUAGGAUAAUCGAUGCCCCAAAAGUGAUUUCGUGGGAUUUUUCUAAAACAGUGGUCACACCAGCCACAACAAAAUUUAAUAAGGUGGCAAUAUUUUCAGACGGCCAGACAUGCACUAAAGUCACGAUCUUUCAAGAGUUUGGUGAUAGAAUCAAAGAGGGUUACACAUAUAUAAUGAGGGGACAUACAAUCAGGGGAAGUGACCCACCGUACUACCUCAACAUCAAUGAAAGAACAAUGUUCUUUCGAACCACUAACCUGGAGGUGACAGAAGAACUCUACCAACAGGCAGAGGCCCUUCUCUAUCCAGCCUCUCCUCUCACUCCACUCUUUGAGUGCUUGGCGUCCAAGGGCCUCAUGACUGUGGAAGGCCAAGUGAUCGAGGUAUUACCAGUCAAAAAAGUCACUCUUGGUGGUCACUGUGUACCUUUAAAAAAGGUUAUGCUGGAGCAGGGUAGUGACAAGAUGGAACUCUGCCUCUGGCGAGAGGCAGCCACUGAACAAGUGCAGGUUGGCGAGAGGUUGACAGUGACCCACCUCAAGGUCACUAAGAAUGGGAACUUGCAGUCAACUGUUCACACUGCCUUUAAGAAACCAGAGACUGAAGUAAAGGAAGGCUCUAUCCUGGGGGUAAUGGAGCAGCACCAGGACGAGGGGUUCCUCCAGAUCCUGCUUGAUGACGACUCCAUUUACACCAUCAGAAAGGAGCUAUGGUCCCCACUUAAUGAGCAGUUGGUCAAAGGGCCAAUUAGAGUGGUACUGACUACUGAAGGGGGAGAGAUCAUUAACAUAAUAACAAAGGCAAAGGAAGAGUGAAGGGGUGGAGGGGGGCAAAGAGGGUGAGCUUGAAUUUAGUUGGGGGGUGAGAUUGUUGUAAAAAGUUUGUAAAUGUUCUGGGUUUUUUGCUCUUACAUUUAUGUGUUUGAAUUUUUAAUCUGUUCCUAUGUUCAGUUGUUUUAAUAGAUGUUUUAUAA